GAUAAGGCGUACGGACGGCUGUGGUCAAGAACUGCAUCUUACUGUGUCUUCAAGAACAGAAAUGGAAAAAACACUGACAUACAGCCAGGCUAUUGAGGAAGCAGGACAAUCACUAAUUCGCUUUCCUUUGAAGAACGUGAGAGGAGUCCCACUGAUGGAGCCCAUUGCCCAAAACUUUGAGCCUAUCUGGGCUUUCUGCCCUGACCCUACUGACAUCCUCAUUGCUACUUAUCCCAAAGCAGGAACUACCUGGACUCAGGAGAUAGUAGACCUGUUGCUUCACAAUGGAGAUACUGAGGCGUGCAAGAGAGGCCCCAUAGUCAUGAGAAGCCCAUUCCUUGAGAUAGUCAACCCCCCUCCGAUCCCUUCUGGACUAGAUCUCCUUCACAAGAUGAGUCCACCAAGGAUGAUCAAGACACAUUUGCCUUUCCCACUUGUACCUGAGGGAUUCUGGGAAAAUAAAUGCAAGGUGAUCUAUGUGGCCCGCAAUGCCAAGGAUAACAUGGUUAGCUACUACCACUUUGACAGGAUGAAUUUGACCCAGCCUGAACCAGGAACCUGGGAAAGCUACAUCCAAAAAUUCAUGAAGGGAGAAUUGGCCUGGGGCUCCUGGUAUGACCAUGUUAAGGGUUAUUGGGAAGAGAGAGAGAAAAGGAAUAUACUCUAUUUAUUUUACGAAGAUAUGAAAGAGAAUCUUCAACGGGAAGUGGAACGCAUCAAGCAGUACCUGGAUUUGUCAGUCACUGAUGAUGUUAUAGCACGCAUUGUGGCACACACGUCUUUUGAGGUCAUGAAGGAGAACCCCAUGGCCAACUAUAGCUUUAUCCCCAAGAAUGUCUUUGACGAUUCUAUCUCGGCUUUCAUGAGAAAAGGGGAGGUUGGUGACUGGGUAAAUCACUUCUCUGAAUCUCAGUUGGAGAUUUUCAAUGAAGAUUAUCAGCAACAAAUGAAAAUGGUCAAAAUUCCCUUCAGGGAAAAUUUGUAAAGAAAGAGAUUGACAUCAUGACUAAUUACUAAAUGACUUAGUAGAAUGGAACUAAGGGCAAUCUUAAUUAAUCAAAAUAAAAAAAUUAAAAUCAAUGGAUUAUUUAAAAGUUCUUGUCAAUGCUUUAAGUACAAUUACCUUUGAGUCAUUUAGCAGACACUUUUAAUUGAAAGCGACUUACAGGUGCAUAAGUAACUGGUUGGAAUUUAUAUAGCGCCUGUACAAUCGAUGCUUCUCAUUCACCCAUUCAUACACACUCACACACACCAACGGUGAAUGGUUGCUAUGCAAGGCCCCAACCAACU